UGUGGGAAUCAAAGCCAGUCCUUGCUGCACUGCAAACAACCACACAAACCAGCAAGCCAGUGAAUCGAGAGAGGAAAGCAACAACAAGUCAGACGAAGACGGAUGAUGCGUUCAGGUGUUUCGGCCAUUGUUGUGGCGGUGUGCUUUGCUGUGGUGGCUGCAAGCCCCACUGCAAGCGCCGCCUUUACGUCCCGCAACCGUGAGAAGCUCGUGUCCUUGCUCAAGGGUGCGGAUGCUUCCAACCUGGAGCACGCCUUUGCCGCUGCCUCAGGCCUUCAUGCCAUCGGCGCAGAUGUGCCAAAGGGGUUCUGCAAGGCCGCUCAGGCUGCCAAGGCGGAUUCAAUCAAGUCUGUGUACUACGCCAGCCAGCUCGGCCAAUGGGUCCAGGGCUGUAAGGUCAACGUGCAAGGCGGAAAGAAGGUGGUUGAGGAUGUGCUUGCCAGUGCGGGCGAUGCCAUCAGCCUGCACCACGCCCUCGGCGCUGCCAAGUCUGUUGGCGUCAGCGUGAACACUGCCGACGUCCUUGCCAAGUUUGAGGCCAUCGCCGAUGGCGACUACAGCGCACGUGCCGCUGGCUACGUGCUGGACGCCGUGUCCUCCCUCGAGCUCACCCCUGGCGCCAAGGAGACGUUCAGCGACAUGGCCGAGGCCCUUGCCGCACAGGCCGAGGUCUUUGGCAACUCUGCAAAGUUUGAUGGCGGCAUCACGGCAACGGCUGUUGUUGUGCGCGGCGUCUACGCGUUUGCCACUUCCAUCGACACCAAGCCCGACAUUGACGAGAAGACGGUGCGCCAGCUUGUCAACUACUUUUCGUCCAGUCGCGACACCCACAACGUUGUGCACGCCGCUGCCGUCCUGCUUGGCCUCGGCACGUUUGCCUCAAACAAGUUCCACAACCCCAUCGUCCUCACCCGCGAGGUUGCCAGCGUGCACAGCAGCAGCCCCGUGUACAAGAUUCACGUCACCAACGCAAUUGGCCAGAAUAUCAAGGCCGAGGCGACGAUCAAAGAGAUCCGCAGUAGCUCCAAGUCAAAGGUCGGUUCCGACAUUGCCCUCGCCGCCGCAACAGACAGCACGGUGUACACUGCCAACCUCGCCUCCCUCAAGCUUCCCCGUGGCAUCUACACCGUCAAGGUCUCCGCAUCUGGUGCUGGUGCGCUGAGCGCAUCCCUCGAGCAGUCGCUCGCCGUCACUGCCGCUGCCACCGUCUCCGACAUGACAAUUUCCGUUCUUGACGGCUCCGUCGUCGCAGAGAGCGAGACCGUGUCGCACCCGAAGAAGCUGAGCAAGGCGCUGGCUGCCGACGACUCGCAGGCGCUGCGCGUGUCCUUUGCUGUCAAGGACGAUACGGGUGCAGACGUGACCCCGCACCAGGCCGUUGUCCGCCUCACCCACGCCGCCACCGGCGCAGAGGUCCAGUUCCAGGCAACGCGCAGCGGCAAGGCCUUUGUCUUUGACCUGGAUCUUGCUGAUGAUGGCGAGGAUGUCCUUGGUUCCCUCAGCGGCGACUACAAGCUGUCUGUUGUCGUUGGCGACGUGACAAUCUCGCCGGCGAUUGUGUGGGACCUCGGUGCAGUGACCAUCACCUUCCACAAAACUGCACCGCCAGCCAAGCAGCCCUCACGCUUCGACCCAAAGCCAGAGAUUAAGCAUCUGUUCCGCGAGCCAGAGUCUCGCCCGCCCGUGAUUGUGUCGUUUGUCUUCACAGCCAUUGUCGUCGCCCCAAUUCUCGUCCUCCUCGUCCUGUGGGCCGGUGUUGGCGCCAACAUCUCCUACUUCCCCUGGUCAAACAUCAACGCUUUCCUCUUCCACGGAUCGCUCGGAGCCAUUCUGCUCCUCUACGUGACCUUCUGGCUGCAGCUGAACAUCUUUGAGUGCCUGAUGUACCUGACGCCGCUGUCGGCGCUCCUUGUCUUCUCCGGCCGCAAUUUGCUCCGCAAGCUUGCCAAUGAUCGCGUGAAACGGGAGUAAGACCAGCCAGAGUAGAACGGGCAAUGACCACAGACAAGGACCUGCUGGAUGUGUUCUCUUGCUGCUGCUGCUGCUGCUGCUGCUGC